AUGCGACUCUUCACAUGGAUACAAACAGCCUUCCACGUCUCCGAUGUUAUUAACGCAUCCACAAGCAUCGCCUGGUCAAAGUUAACUUCACGGAGACCCGAGUCACUAGAGAUAGAACUCACUAAUGAGGACUGUGUUCACAAUCCUUAUUGCCAAUUGAGCAAGAAUCUUGGUACACACGAAUGGGUCAACGAUUGCCCAGGCCUUCCCAGAAUCACUGAAGCCCUAUGGAGGAAAUACAGAUACAAAGACACCAAGUUUUUGAACAAGAACCUCCAGAACUAUCUAAAGCUGAAGGAGAGCAAGUGGAAGCUGGCCUCCGAUGAGUUGACCUUUCCUACAUACCUGGCGAAACGAUACGCCCCCAAUGUAUCACCCAGUAGCAUGGUCUGUGAUGGGCUCGGCAUGUGCAGAGCCCCGAGCUGCAAAGACAUCGGUAAGAAUAAUACCGCCGAUGAACAAAGGGCAGCCAUGUUGUUCUUUGAAUUCGUUUCCGGUCUCGACCAUUCAUUUCACAUUAGGAGUGAGGCCACUCAGGACCAUUACAGGCAUAUAUUGGAAGACAUAGACGGACUUACGGCGAUGUUCACGUAUGCCGAUGAGCAACAGGAUGCAGCGGUUAAGAAGGAAGAGAAAAAGCAGAAACGCAUAGCGCAGAUGGAACUGGCUUUUGGCAUCAUCACAGCCGUCUUCCAACUGUUUACCACGGCUGCUAAUAUUAUGAACUAUAGACCGGCUUCCCUUACGUCAUACAUUAACAGAUUCUCCAAAUCACAAAAACUCGCUGGAAGGUGGCAGCGAAGUCUGAGCAGGCUGUCUAAUAAGUUUCCAAAGUCUUCGAGGCUUAAGAAAUUUUCGAGUCGGAGAAAACCCGGUGACGGCUUAUUCAGGGAAAAGUCCAUCGAAAAUGCACAGAAGCUUUGGACCAUCACAAGCGGAGGUUGGCUAGGUACGCAAGCUUUGACUAAAGAAGUAGUCAAAGAGAUCAAUCACAAGAAGGAUCUGCAUGGCUUCGAGAAAACUUUGGACGCCGUACGUGCGGCUUUGGUCGAUCUUGACAGCUAUGCAGUCGACGAAAUUCUGGAAGGAAUGCCAAUCCUUGUCUUGGGCGGCGAGACACAUAAUGGGCAUAACAUUGUCGACCUUUACGAGAAAGACUUCUUCUUCGGCGCCAACGUCUAUUUUCGAUCCUAUGUCCAAUUCGUAAUUGGGAUGAAGUCUUACGCGACCAUCAUAAGCGCUCUAUGGAGAACAGAAGGCGUAUACAUCGUUGAGAGUCUUGCUCCUUCCGGCAGGAAUUGUGACCAAGACGAUCGCGGACCAUCGCUCAACAAAGUCUGCCUUCCAGAACGCCCCAAUAGGUCAUACUGGGUCUACGCAAUGUCGAACUACGACGAUAAGAAGACACGAAGUCCUCCAGGAUGGGAGCAUCUCACGAGCGAAGAAGGAUUUCACGGCCUCUACGAUAGUGACGUAGUCCGAGCUGCUUUUUGGCGAGUCGAGGUGCCCUCAGCUCCUGAACCGCCGGUGGUGUAUAGCCAAGGGUUGAACGCUACGAACCCAUCAAAUUUGAACGCCACGAAUCCUCAUUUUCCGGGUGCGAUACCAUAUCUGGAUGACUACGGCAACGCACCCGAUGGCUUUGACAUCCCUAUAUGUCACAGUUGGCUAGGCGAGGCCAUCUCCAACGUUGACAGCAAACACAACAAUAACACUCCUUGCCAAUGCGACUCUCCCAACCCAACACACGCAACGUCCUGGAGCCAACCCACCAACUGGACCAUGGCAUACACCAAGAAGUUCAUCAAGGAUAGCGGACUGUAUAACUUUGAUGAUUUUGGGAAGAAGUGUAAAUCUUGCAACAAGAUGGGUGUGAGUUGGAAGGCGUUACUGAAACUCGAAGAUGAGGAGAAGCCAGCGAAGCACAUGAAACAUGCCUGGAAUGGCGGCUGCAAGAGCAAUUCACACAAAUCUCACCCACUCGGACCACCACAGCUUAGCGAUCCAGCACCGAAAAGUUCAUCGACGGCAUCACCAGCUUCAAGUACACCCGACUCUUGCUCCCCAACACCCACUCGAGAGCCCAUCGUCCAAGCUACAACCGAGCUCGUCGGCCACGAAACACGCUACCCUAAAAACACACCCAAGAACAUCACACGACAAGGCGCCUGCAACGGGCCAUACUGCAUCGUUGACACCGUCUACGUCAUCAUCGAGCAAAAAUAUGGAUACAAUGUCGAUUCCUCCGUCCGAGCUGGCGAACAUGCCUGUUACGCUGGCGAUAACUGGUGCAUUGAGCAGUCAGCGCACGAUAUCUGCGAAUACCCUGAUGAACCGGAGGAGGACGCUGAUGAAGAAGAAGAGGAAGAAGAAGAGGUUGGCGAAGAUGAGGACGAGUACGCGGACUUCAUUCAAGACUCCAAGACCCCAGACAACAAGUCUCGAGUCGACAAAACCCCAGGUGGCAAGCCGCAAAAGGAACAGGAACCCACGCCCGAGAAAGACGAAGCCACGAGAAAGUUCGAAGAGUCGCUAAAGUUGGCAAACUGGCGAUGGGUAUGUAUCUGCGGCGGAAAUGGUACAGUGGGCCAACACGGUAUCAAGUGCUUCGACAAGAGCGUUACCACCAAGACUACCACCGUAAAGGGCAGGAUGAAACAAACACACACUCCUGGCAGGUCUGCAGCCGGUACCCUGACGAACGCUUCCGAAGGUGGAGUUGCAGUUGCACCCACCGAUACAGAAGAAGUUGUCACCGUUACAACGCAAGCAGCCCUUCGCAUCAAGACCGUGUACGAAACCAUGAAACGAGACGCAACUCUCCAAGCGGCAUUAGGAUUACCAAGUCUUGCUAUCUCGACCGAAGCUCCAGUGUUUCUUCCUAGCAGCUAUGCUUCGUUCGCUUCUUACUCGAUAGUGGCGACGAACUAA